AAACCAAGUGAGGAGAUGAAAGAUUGCAUCAUACUACACUAGAGAAUACAGAGAGGAUUGACACUACAGAUAGAUCCUGACCAUCAACCAGGAACAACUGCACAACUGUGGGAAGAUAUCCAGUCCCAACACAGCAUUGCUCAACACAGAGAAGAUUGGGCAGUGAAACCAUCGUCUGGAAAUCAGUCGCAUCAGAGAAACUUUGAUGUAUCAUCAGAUCUAAACUGGUCAGUGGUGUGGAGCCUUCAGUCAGAAACAACCUUUCUGAAGGUUUGGCUGUGAGUGAUCGGUCAGGGUGAGACAGGGAAGAAGUGUGAGUAGCUCCAAGUGUGGUGAGAGCUUCAGUCAUUCAUCGAGCCUCAUGAUCCACUGACUCAUUCCUACAGUUGAAGUGUGAAGUAUGUGAAGAGGGCUCCAAAAGCCUGUAAGGACCCAAACAUGUAGGAUUUAUUGGCUACACAAAGACAGCUACAUGGAAGUGAAACCCUUCAAGUGUGAGGUGUACAGCAAGGCAUUUGCGAUAUCAACAACUCUCCUGAGACACCAGAUAAUUCACACGGGGGAGAAACCCUUCAAACGUGAGGUUUGUGAGAAGGCUUUCACUCACUCCUCCCAUCUCAUGAGGCACCAGAGAAUUCACACAGGGCAGAAACCAUUCACAUGUGACGUGUGUGAAAAGUCAUUCUCAAUCUUAUCCAACCUCCGGGUACACGAACGCAUUCACACCGGGGAGAAACCAUUUGCAUGUGAAGUGUGUAACAAAUCAUUCUCAUACUUAUCAAGCCGUAUAAGACACAAACGCAUUCACACAGGGGAGAAACCAUUCCCCUGUCAAGAGUGUGACAAAUCAUUCUCAUACUUAUCGCACCUACGGAGACACCAAUGCAUUCACACAGGAGACAUAUCAUUCACAUGCGAGAUGUGUAACAAAUCGUUCUCACAGUCAGAUGGCCUUCUCAAACACCAACAUAUUCACACAGGGGAGAAACCAUUUACAUGCAAGGUGUGUGACAAAUCAUUCUUGACUUCUUCAAACCUCAGCAUUCACCAACGCUUUCAUACAAAGGAGAAACCAUUCAGGUGUGAGGUGUGCCACAAAUCAUUCUCGUGGUCAUCAAACCUCCUGGUCCAUCAGAGGAUUCACACAGGCGAAGAACCAUUCAAAUGUGAGCUGUGUAACAAAUCAUUCUUGUCAUCAUCAGAUCUUCAUAUGCACGAAUGUAUGGAUACAGGAGAGAAACCAUUUAACUGUGAGGUGUGUGACAAAUCAUUCUCAAGAUCAUCAAGCCUCCUGCUCCAUCAGAAAAUCCACUAACU